CCAUGACAUCUGUCAAAAACAGCCAGUUCUUCCAGCCGGAGUCCCUUGACGUCACUGGAAAAAACUUAUAGAGGAAUUACACGUUUACCGGAACCAGAUUAUCAUGUAAAAUACAGAUAACGAAAACCAAGCAACAUGUUCGAAGGCGCAGUGGCAGGUAUCCUUAAUCGGCUGCUGGGCAAAUACGUGCAGGACCUUGACACGGAGAAUCUGAACGUGGGCAUCUUCUCCGGAAAUGUCAAUCUUACUGAUCUCAAACUUAAGCCUGAGGCUUUGUACGAGCUAGAUUUGCCGAUCGAUGUGAAGAUCGGCACGAUAGGUAAAAUCAACCUCCAAAUACCAUGGUCGGGGCUAUACACACAGCCAGUGGUCGUCCAGAUCGAAGAUGUCUUAAUCCUCGUGGGACCAGCGAUCUCCAACAGUUACUUCGAUCCUGACAGGGAGAAGAGGCUCACGAGGGCCGCCAAGAGAAAAAUCCUGCAAGACUUAGAAGCAGAAAGCGAAAUAUUGAAAGGGCCCCAGAAUUUCUUCGAGAACCUUUUUACGGCCAUUGUGAAUAAUUUGCAGAUUUACGUGAGAAAUGUCCACGUUAGAUAUGAGGAUUCCAUCAGUUCCAAGGACGGGCCGCUUGCUUGCGGCUUGUGCCUGCAAAGCCUUUCUAUUGAGACAACGAACAGCAAAUGGAAACCAUCAGUGACUACACCCAACGCGUCAACAGUUUACCAGAUGAUGCGAGUUGAGUCACUGUCUUUAUAUUGGAACCCUACGGCGACCGCUCUCGAUGACGUGGAGAUAGCUCAUAUAACACCCAUGCAGUACUACAACUGGAAGCACUAUAUGCUCACUGGAUUGGACAAAUUCUCCAUGCAUCAUGAGGACUUUGAAUUUUUGCUGAAACCAGUAACUUGCAAGGUGAAGGUUAUUAUAAACCGGUCAGGGGAAGCAAGGGUGCCUCGAUUACUCCUGGACGCAGUGUUGCAGGACAGCGCGCUGCAACUGUCCAGGAGACAAUACCUCUCCAUCGACAACUUGCUUACCUCCUUCCAGAGGAUAACGCUUAAUAGGAAGUACAGACAUCUCCAUCCCGGGAUUCCCCUUCUCAAAGACGUUAAGAAGUGGUGGCGCUAUGCAUACAAUGUGGUAGUUGAGCAACGUGUUCGUCCUUACACUUGGACUGCCAUCAAAAAGCACAGAGAAAAUUAUAAUAUUUAUAAGAAGACAUACAAGAGUACUCUGAGAAGUCCGAAUGAUAUCGAACUCAAAUUGGAUUUGCAAAAGUGCGAAGACAGUCUUCCUAUUAUAUCAGUGGUGAUUGCGAGGGAGCAAGCGAAGUUUGAACUAUUGAGUCAAGAACCGGACAGAAUAGAUAUCGUAGAAACGGAGUUCGAUUGGUGGAGGCCAACUUCAGAUAACGAAAGUGACUCCGAUACGGAAACGAAGUCACGCGUGGAACUCUGCGUGAAGACAGAGCGAUGUAAAAGUCUGUGGAGCCAUUUGUCGAGCCCUGAGAAGAAGAAAGUAUGUGAGCUAAUAGGCUACGCUGAAGGUGCUCCUAGACAGGAUAAGUCAAAGCAGUAUAUCGAACAUAAAAUUAAUCUAACAUUGGCAAAUUGUACUUUGACGUUGAUGAACAGGAGUAAGGAAGUGUUGGUGGUGAAUCUCACACAGUUCCUUGCGUCCUUAGAGACGAGACCGUCAGCUAAGGCUUAUAAGGUGUCGGCAAGAACAGAGAAUAUAGUUAUCGAGGGCAUGUCCUCCGAUGGUGAGUUGGUACCCUUGCUGAUAGCAGCUCAAGGCUCUUCGGUGGGUAGCAAUACCGUGCUUGCGCUGGACGUGGAGAAGAAUCCAGUAAACAGCCACGCAGACCUUGGUGUCACUUGUCACGUGGAGCCUGUGGAACUGGUUUAUGUUGAGCACGCGUUCACAGAACUGAUAAAUUUCUUCCAAACUCAUUCUAUGACGCCCGAGGCGUUGGCCGAAGAGGUGUCACUAGCCGUUGAGCAAGUGGGAGCAAUGAGCAAGUCUGUUUUAGCACACGCUAUAAGUCGUAGGAAGGUGUUUCAUUUGAAUGUGGACCUCAAAGGACCUGCUAUUAUCCUUCCAGAACAUGGCUGUGUGCACAAGCCGGGUCGCGUGAUGGUUCUAGACAUAAACCGUGUAGUGAUAAAGUCGGAUCUCCAACCUUCCAACCUCACGUUAGAAGACGCAACAUGCAUGGAGCUAGAAGAACGACUCUAUGACCGCUUCCAUGCUGAGUGCUCUCUUCAGGUGCUGUUCUGCGAAUGGAGUGAGGCCUGGCGCGAGGCUCGCAAGCACGGCGACUCGGAGCUGCACCUCAUACCACGGCUGCGCGCGCAGCUUGUCUUUUCCACCAGCAUCAAGAAGGAUUAUAAGCUUUUGCCCAGAUAUAAGCUAAAUAUUUCACUCUCGAGUCUUAAAUUCAACCUGUCUGAUCGAAUCAUCGGACAUUUGUUGGAUUUCGUCGACAACUUGCCCGUCCCUGUUCCAAACACCGUUCCGGUCUCCUUCAUGGAUUCUGGAGAUUACGUCGAGGAGUUGGAGGACCCGGAAUUGAUGGAGACGUUAGAGUUAGACAGAGUGACUGCGGAUCCUGGAUACAAAGAGUUGAUCAGAUUAAGGCAAAAUAUUGUGGCGACAUACUUCAGUAGGAAUAGGGCAGCUGAGACCAAGACUGAUGGUGAGAGUGCCAGAUCACCGGCUGAAGAAUCAUUACCCACAGCAGAUUUUAGCGAUGAAGACGUCGAAGAGUAUGCACGUUCUGUUGACUUACCAGGUUUCGACGAUAACGUUUCGCCGAGUAAUACUAUUGGAACAUUGAUGAGAUUUAUUAUUGGUGAGAUAGUGAUCAACUUAAAUCGGUCCAGCGAGUUAGUGGACAAGCCGUACAUCAUGCUGAGUGUCAGUAAGGUUUGCCUGGAUGUGGCCCUGAUGCAAUUCGGACCCGCUAUCCAGCUAUCGAUAGGCCAAGCGCUUCUGACGGACAAACAGCAUCACAGCAGUACCGGGCAGUACUUGGAACUACUGACGAGCUCGGGGGAACUGUUUAAUCUCCUGUAUAGAAAAGUCCGCGCGAACUGCCCCGAGUUCCGCUCGCACUUCCACAACGUGGAGCAGGCGCUGGUGGCGGACGUGGGCCCGCUCGUGCUGCUCGCGCACGCGGCCGCGCUCGCCGCGCUGCGGAACUACCUGCACUACCUGACCCACAAAAUACAGAAGCGACAUUCUCUAAAUUUUACGACGAUGAUCUUACCAAAGACCAGAACGUUAUGGGAUUAUUUAAUGAAGCCAGAAGCAGACCCUCCCGUGCCACCCGGUGCGACUAAGUUCAGUUACUCGGUCCGAUUGUCGUCGGUAACGGCGCGUUUGGUCCAGGCAGAAAAUCCUCUGGUGGAAGUUCGUAUAGCAGCGCUGGAGAGUGACUGCGUGUUCCGAGCUAACGACAGACUUAUCUUCAAACUUUAUCUCGGCUCCUUGCACGUCGACGACUUGGCCGAGGCCACUCUCUAUCCCAAGUUGGUGUGGCCAGACGAGGACAAGGUGCUGGAGAUCAAGUACGUGCGCUCGGCGAGCGGCACGCGCGCGCGCGCCGACGCCGAGCUGCGCGUGCAGGCCGGCCGGCUGCACGUCGUGCUCUUCUGCUCGCUGCUCUACCAUCUGCAGCAAUUCCUGGAGGCGCUGGUGCCGAGCGCAGCGGCAUCGGAGGCAGCAGCAGCGGCCGAGCGCGAAGCGCAGCGCCGCGCCGGAGCCCUGCGCGCCGCGCCACUACGCGUCACUCUCGCCAUCGAGAUUCACGGUCCAGUGUUGCUGCUGCCUCAAAAACCUUCUUCACCAAAUCUGUUAGUCCUCAAUACGGGUGAUUUGCUCAUAGAAAAUUUCUUCAAAACAAUAAACGCUAGCAUCGAGUCUAGCACCCCAACAUACAGCCCAGUGAUUGAUAAUGUGCUGAUAAAGCUCGUUAACAUCACCCUGUCACGAGCUGUGAUGACGCUGGCUGGCACACUCGAAGUUCAGGAACCGAUCUUAGAGCCGAUAUCGGUGCGAUGCGAUUUAAAACGCGCCGUCGGAUACACUCUGGUGGCGAAUAGCAGUGCUUAUAGGGAUUUGCUGUUAUGCGAAGCAGAUGUAGUCAUGGAUGUGGUCACUAUCAACCUAGGUCAGAAGGAUCUGGCUACGGUGCUGGCUGUGUGGAGCGAUAACCUCAGUGAAGGGCACUAUAUUGGAAGUAUCGUCCCAACUUCUCCGGUAGAACUGCCAUCAUCUGAAGUGACAGUUAAGAAGCUGCAAGCAUUUUUCGCUCAAGGUGAUCCCGUGAGGAAAGAGUCUGUAUUUAGGUACACCUUGGAAGGAGUGGAAUUAAAACUAUUCUCAGAUAUGGAUGAAAUUCUAAGUUCUCCGGUACGAGACCUGAACCACGGUCUAGCGAAAGUUACAGCCGGUGAAGCGAACGUCCUCUUCGACUAUUACUCAGACUGCAGCAUUGAAGUGAAGGCCAGUUUACAGAGUCUGCUGAUUGAGGAUAUUCGUCCUGAUUCAACGGUCGUCAUUCGAAGGAUCUUCGAAUCUCAGGGGGGUGGCAGUCGUUUGGGGGGCGGGUUCUCGGUGGUGCGUCCGGCGUUGCUAGAGGCCUCGCUGCGGCGCUCGGCCCGCGCCGUGACGCUGGACGCGCGCGUGGAGCGCACGAGACUCAACCUUGCGCUGCCCUUCCUCCUCCGUCUCGCAAAAAGUGUCCUCGACGCCAUGCCGGGUGAUAAAACGAUGGAAGGUGGAGUGAUCAACCACGGCUACGUGGGUGACGCACCGACGCGAGGAAAUAACAACAGACCAGCGCGAUUUCCGAGCUCUAGUGAUUCUACUAGCGGCUAUUAUUCCGCCGCAACAUCGAUAUCAGAAGAUAUGCCAAGUUUAUCGAUAUCGGUCCAAUGUCGCCAGCCUGAAGUGAUGUUCUUCACAGAUCUCAUGAAAACUGAGGGUCAUGCCUUGCUACUGAGAACUGAACUCCUAAUUGACUACUCUUGUCAUUCUAAUACUGAGAGUCUCGUUGUUUCUCUAGCUGGCCUCCAAGUUAUGUCAAAAUUGCAAUCUAAAUUAAAGAAUCUACCACCACAGUUAGUUUUGAAACCAUGUGAUUUGGAAUUUUCCAAGAGUUUCAAAAACGUGGAAGAAGGCGUAAUUGUUCGCUUGUCUGUAUCCGAUGUCGAUAUACAUGUAGCUGCGACCACAGUACAUACAGUUGUAGAUAUCGUAGAAGAAAUUACAGCAGAAUUAACAAUACCAGAUGAGAAGGAUGCUUUUAAUUUUGCAACGUAUAACCCUAAAACGGAGAAAAGUGAUGAGGAUCUCUGGUCUCCGAAGAAGCUGACACCGUAUGUCGGUUUCCAUUCUGAAGAUAGCUAUAUCCAACCGAAAUAUCCCAGUGUGAAACCAGCAGAGACAUUCGUGGUAGCAGUGCCCAUUGUUCGUGUGACUUUUGAAAUUGAACACACUGUCCGAGUACCAGUUUUGCUGGUGAAGCUCUCAAGCGAGUUGUCACUGCAUGAUUGGUCGCGUCAGCUGCACGGCAGUGGUUGGCUGUCGGCGCAGGCACAUUGCUACAAUGAGCGGCUUGAUGUCUGGGAGCCACUGCUGGAGCCUGUACUGCAGGACAACGUUCAGCGCUCUUGGGAGAUCAGUGCUACGUUGUUUCAGGCAAAAUCAUAUCCUAUGUCUUCACAAUUAUCCACGAAAAACAAUGAAGAAAGUAUGUCUGAUAACGUACCCGCGGAACCACCAAGAAAACCAAAGAAAAAGAAUGAAUUUGAAUCAGAAACAUCGGCUGAUGAAGCCGACACGGAUAGUGAGAUGGUAUUCAUAAGGAAUCCUAAUGGAAAACAAAACAGAGGCUAUAAUGUAGAUACCAAUAGUUGCAGUAUGUCCUUCUUGAAAGCAUUAGACGUUGAAGAAUCUGAUUCAGAUAAUGAAAAUGGCAUGCUUGACAAAUUAUCCAAUGCUAUCGGACAUUUAUUUACAGACAGCGACUCUAGCAUUGAUGAGAUGAGCAAUGAUGAGGAUUCAUCAGCACCUGAACAAAGCGAGGUAGAAGUCAGUGAUAGAGAAGAAGAAGUAGAAGGAAAAGCAGUGUCCUAUAUAGACGGUGAAGAAAAGAAGAAAGUAGAAAGUAAGAGUGUUACGGUACAGGAACCGGAACGUGAAGACAGUGUGGAAUCAUCGAUAGAAGACACGCGUUUCUGUACCUACAUUGCGCUCGAAGCAAGAUCACCAUUAAACUUCACAGCAACUCCAGCAACCGUGAGAGCUAUGCAAGCGCUGUCAAACGCUAUAAUAGAUCGCACAGCUGCAGUAACAGCUAUUGUAGCUGCUGAUAGCGGCUUACAACUGGUAAACGACAUAGGGCCGGGCUCGUCGGUCGUAUUACGCACGCGAGCUGAGACGGACCUCGCCGGCAACGACCGCGUCCUCGCCGUCGCCGACUAUGACCACUCCAGCAGAGCCAGCACGCCAGGUUGUGACACAUCUGGAGCGGAUUUACUUGAUGAGGUGGAAAAAGAAACUACACAAGAGAUGACUGACAUCAGUGAUGAAUGGGACUGUUUUGAGGGUGGAUUCCCCGCUACGUGUUCGCUUUCGGGUGCGGAGCGCCAAUCCCCGGGUGCUCCGCCAGCUGCAGAUGUGCUUCUCCGCCGUCUCACCGACCAAACGCUCUCCAUUCGCUUGCACGACUUCGACCAGCUCAACAUUGUAUGUCCUCAACGCUCGGUAUCGAAGCUUCACGUUUUACAUCCGAGCAAGAAUGGGACACGCUAUUACAUCGUGAUAGAGCGAAGUACGAAAUACAACAAUAAGAAAAUUGUUGUACGAUCACCAUUACAGGUGCGCAACGAGACGUCGUACGCGCUGGAGCUGCUGUACCGGCGCUCGGAGCUGGAGGCGGCGGGCGCGCAGGCGGAGGGCGCGCUGCGGAACCCGUUCUGCGGCCUGCUGCGCCUCGCCGUGCUGGCGCCGCACGACACCUACAACGUGCCGCUCUACGUCGCCUACCACUGCCGCCUCUUCCUCGUGCCGGCCAACUUCGAAAGCUACCAAGCACCUACUCAGGGUAUAUGGUGGAUGGAGCUGGUCAACGACUUGGGCAGCUCGCGGGACGUCGUGUGUCCCGCUAUAGAUGAUACUGACCCUAGCGUGUUCGCUAUGAAGGUCGUGCCCGUUGAAGGUUGCAAGUCGGCACAGGUGUCGCGCUCGAUCCCCAACCUGCUGCUGCGCGUGGUGCCGCCGCUGGCCGUGCACAACCGCCUGCCGCACGCGCUGCAGCUGGCGCGCGACGCGCUGUGCGUGCGCGUGGAGGCGGGCGAGCGCGCGCACGUGUACGCGCUGGCGCCGCGCCUGGCGCACCGCCUGCAGCUGCACGUGCGCUACCUGGGCCUGCCCUGGAGCGGCGCCUUCACGCUGUCCCCGGAUAUGACGGAGAAGACGAUCAGCAUGACGACGGAAUGCGAAACGGAGGGUGGUAACAAGCGGCUCACAGUGCGAGCUAGGCUCCAGCAGGGACCCAACCUGAGGCUGCUGCUGUACGCGCCAUGCUGGCUCAUCAAUAAGACCGGCUUGCCGUUGCAGAUUAAGGGCCGCUCGGACGCAUGCUACGAGGUGUCGGAGGAGCCGCUGCUGUGGAGCGAGCGCGAGCGCGUGCGCGUGCGGGCGCACCAGUCGGGCUGGUCGCGCGCCGCCUGCCUGCGCGCGCACGCGCCCGGCCUGCUCGUGUGCACGCACUCCGAGCGCCGCCUCAGCUACCGGAUGCUGCUGCACGUGACGCUCUCCGAGGUCUGUCCCCAACUGACAAAAAUAGUGACAUUCCUCCCGUAUUUCAUCGUGUACAACGACACGAAGCGCCACCUCCGAUUCAUGGAGGAAAACGAAGCCGCCGACCUGUGGAUAGACCUGGCGCCGCAGCAGUGCACGCCCUUCUGGCCGCAGACGGACUCCAUGGCCAUGCAUUGCAAGUACCGGGACUCGACCGUCGUCUCGCAACACUUUUCCAUCACAAAGAAUCAUUUUACGGUACUGCGUAUGGAUAAGGGGUCGGCGAUCUGCGUGGAUGUCACGGGAGGCACGGACCGGCCCUUCACGAUCACGUUUAAGCCCUAUACCGUCGGAGACGCUCCUGUACGAAUCGACAAUCUAUGCGACGACCUAUUCCUGAAAUUACAUCAGAUGGAUUCUGGUCAAGUGGCACUAUUAAGUCCGUUCCAAUCCAUGUUGCACACGUGGGACGAUCCGGCAAAGGAAAGAGCACUCUUGUGGAACAUCUACAAUAACAAAGGCAAAGGUUUCUUGGCAGACUUUUCUCAGGACGGGUUCGGUGAAGAAAAAGUUAGUUUCCAUUCAGUAAAACAUUCGACGCUUGUCGCAACGAACAGUGUCACAUCAAAACUAUCCUCUACCCUCAAACGACUUACUCCCAAGUCUCCUGAGACCGGUUCUUCGAGCAGUGAUGAUUCUGAUAGUUUUGAAAUACUGGAAAGUCACACUAAAAGUAAGAAGAUGAGGAAAGAUAAAGUUAUCGUCUAUUGGAUAUCAUUCAUGGACGGAUACCAAAGAGUAUUCGCUCUAGCCCAAGACGAGAGAAUAGCUUAUCAAUACAAAAUGAGAAUUAACUCUGAACGUAGCAAUUACGAAGUGUAUUUAUCUCUAGCGAGUGUCGGUCUUUCCGUCUGUGUGCAAACACUUAACGGCGACAAGGAAUUGUCAUAUAUAAGCGUUACAGACUCCCUUCCAAAAUGGGAGGUUAAUGUUGGAAAUAAGUGGAAAUUAUUGGCGACGGAUGUGACAGCGUGGAUAGAGGAAAAGUAUCAGACAGAGCAAAAGAAAUGUCAGUUAAAGGAGUAUUUACAUAUUGAUUUAGAAAAAAUGCAGAUGACGAAACCCUUCUUUUCGGAACUUCGAAGAUCGUACAGUCCAGGAGUAUGGCUUCAGUUCCGAAAAUCUGAUACCAAUACAUACUGCCAUUUGAAACUACAGAGACUUCAAAUAGACAACCAGCUCCACGAAGCUGUGUUUCCUACUGUUUUGCACCCGGCUCCCCUGCCUCCUCACAUAAGGUCAAAAGAUCUCAAACCUUCUGUAGAAAUAGUCGCGCUCAAACAAUUCAGACCGAACAUAAAUCAAGAUGUUUAUAAAUAUUUUAAAUUUUUGAUUCAAGAAUAUUCGGUGAAUUUAGAUAGAGGCUUUGUUAAUCACGUUUUCGAUAUUCUGAACCAUUGGAAGGUUGAAGAGAAGCCGGCUGUUCGCUUGAGAGCUGACCUCGCUUUAGUACACAUGCCUUUGCCAGUGAUCGCGAUGCGAAGUCAAACGUCAGCGCAGAGGGACGUCUUAUUUGAAUUCGUCCACCUAUCGCCUAUUAAAUUGGUCCUGAGUUUGUCAUCUAGAGGGUAUUCAAAUGAAAAUAUAGACAGUCCAACGAGAUAUAGGUACGGUAAUCAGAGAGAAAAUCGCCCGAAGCUAUUCAAUAGUGAUCUAUUAGAAUAUUUAUUCAAUUCGUGGGGAUCAUCGCUCUGCGACAUGAAAGAUGUUGUUCUUAAGAUGAGCUAUUUAGAACUUCGGAAUGCCCCCAUCACUCUGCCUUCGUUGCUGGACACGGCCUGUCGCCACUACAGGCUUCAGCUGGUGCAGCAAUUCUACGUGCUUGUAUUAGGACUCAACAUCCUGGGGAACCCUUACAGUUACAUUGGCGACUUCUCCAAAGGAUUGAAGAAUUACUAUGAACCAUGUUUGGGCUCAGCAAUAUCCCGUAGAGUGUCAGACGCAGCAUUGACAUUGUUGAACGGAGCAGCAAGACUGAUGGGUUGCGCGAGUGACUCCAACGCCCCGAACGUUUUCGAAGAUGCUCCAAAACUUCGGCCACCGAAGAGACUCACUAGUGACGGAGGUGUAGUCAUCAAUGAUUUGCCAGAAGCAGUGAUUGAAGGGAACAAAAAUAAUCCCGCGAGUGUUGCUCUGGCUGUCACCGGGCUUAUAGCGAGGCCUACAUUCGACGUGUGUCGCGAGGCGGCGCGCUCGUCGCUGUGGCGCCGCGCGGGCGCAGACGGCGCGGAGGCGGCGCUGCGCGCGUGCGAGCGCCGCGCCGGCCGCCUCGUCGCGCGCCGACGGCUGCCUAGGCACUGCUCCGAAGUGGAGGGCGUGCGUACGUACAGCGCGUAUGAGGCCCGCGGCGCGGCGCUGCUGUGCGCGUUGGCGCGCGGGCACUACGCCGACACGGACGCGCACGUCGCGCACGCGCACCUCGCACCAGCCUCACCAGCCACGAUCCUCAUUUCCACAAGACACAUAUUCGUGGUGCGCGCGGGCGGGCGCGGGUGGCGCGUGGAGUGGGCGGUGCGCCUCGACCAGCUCAUCGGCGCGCCGCGUGCUCAGGACGGGGCUCUCGUGCUCAACAUCAAACAGGAUGAAAUGGUGGACUAUUUCUCGACUGACGAGAAAGUUAUAGAAAUCCCGGACCCUCAGGUGCUGACCUGGUUUCAGUCGAAGAUCGAAUGCGCUCUCAUACACGCGCUAGAAGACAAGCGAUGUCCCAGCGACCAGUAAAUACUUAUACAAUACGUUGGGUGGAAGGAAAAAAUAUAUACUCUUUGUUAAAUUUAUUGUUUUUUGAAACAUUUUUUGACUCGUUACCCAGUGCCACCAAUAUUCCUUAAUUAACUUUAUUGAUUACCCUUAUAUUCGUGUCAUAGUUAGCAACCUACUGAAAAUGUUGUUAAUUCGUGGAAUCUAUUGUAAUAAUAAAUCAGACAUAUACCUAUAUGGAGGCAAUAAAAA